AUGUUACAGGCUUCGAGGAUAUACUUUAGCAGCAGGCUAUCACAUUCAUGUGUACGCUUAAAUUAUAUACCUAAAAGGACAUAUGCUGACUUUCUUAAAGAUUUACCUAAAGUUGGUGGAGGAAUUUCAAGAAUUUCAAAGAAAACCCAAAAGCCUAAUGGACCUACAAACAAGAAUACAGAGACAAAUUCGAAACCAAAUCAAAAUCAAAACAUACCCAAGGGAAAUAGAUUUGCUCAGCAAUAUUCACAGCCGAAGAAAAAGAAUGAUUUGAAUAGCAAGCCUAAAAAUCAGAAUCGCUUUACCAAAGAAGAGAAGGUUGAACUUGACAGAACCCAACAAUACAAUAUGGCCAAAAAGGCAUUGAAAGAGAAGGAGAAGAACCAAGCACAAAGUAAACAACAGACAAAUAAGACACCUAGUCCAAAACCACGACAACAAAAACCUACCAAAAAAGCAGAAACAAAAGUUGAAAAUAUUAAGAUCCAGGUUCCAACUUUUAUUACUGUUUCUAAUCUUUCCACUAUCAUGGGUGUCCCUUUGAAUGAUUUAUUAAAAAAAUUAGAAAUACUAGGAUUCGAAGGAAUGACCCAUAACUAUAUUUUAGAUAAAGAAAAUGCUUCAUUGAUUGCUGAUGAAUACGGAUUUGAAGUUACUAUGAAUGAUGAUACGGGUGCUGAUUUAUUUCCGUCCCCAGAAUGUGAAGACGAGAGUAAGCUUAGGCCAAGGGCCCCUGUUGUCACCAUUAUGGGACAUGUGGAUCACGGUAAGACUACAAUCUUGGAUUACUUAAGAAAAUCGUCGGUCGUUGCCCAAGAACAUGGUGGUAUUACUCAACACAUUGGUGCUUUUUCAGUAAUAACUCCAAUUUCCAAGCAAAAGAUUACCUUUUUGGAUACACCAGGGCAUGCAGCAUUUUUAAAAAUGAGAGAAAGAGGUGCAAUAAUUACAGAUAUUGUUAUUUUAGUAGUUGCUGCUGAUGAUUCAGUAAUGCCGCAAACUAUUGAAGCAAUCAAACACGCGAAAAAGUCUGGUGUUCCAAUGAUUGUUGCCAUUAAUAAGUGUGAUAAGCCAGGUGUUAAGACCGAUAGGGUUUUAGCAGAUUUAUCCAGACAUGGAAUUGAUAUUGAAGAAUAUGGUGGAGAUACACAGACCGUUCAAGUUUCUGGUAAAACAGGUUUGAAUAUGGAUAAGUUGGAAGAAGCCGUCAUUACAUUACGUGAAAUGAGUGAUUUUAGAUCUGAAAUUAGUAAUAUACCUUCCGAAGGUUGGGUUAUUGAAUCAGAAAUAGCUAAAGGUAUGGGUAAUAUCUCAACCGUCUUGGUUCGUAGAGGUACUGUCAAAGUCGGUAGUUAUUUAGUCGCUGGCAACACUUAUUGCAAAGUAAGAGGUAUGAAAGAUGAAAAUGGAAAGACAGUUAAAACUGCCGGUCCUUCUACACCAGUUCAAAUAUGGGGCUGGAAGGAUUUACCUCAAUCGGGGGACCAAAUCUUGGAAGCCAAGAAUGAACUGAUUGCCAAAAAAGUUUGUGAAAACAGAAUAAACCGUGAAAAGCAAAUUAAAGCAGCUGGAGAUAUUGAAACGAUCAAUAAGAAAAGGCAGGCCGAAAUCAAAGAAUUAGCAAGACAAGAAAAGAUCAAUGAAUUGAAAUUGGCUGGAUUUGAUGAAAAAACUCUAAAGAGUGAGUUCGAAUCUGAACCUGAAUGCAUUAAAGUCAAAUAUAUCAUUAAGUCCGAUGUUUUUGGAUCAGCGGAAGCAAUUAAAGGAAGUAUAGAUGGUUUAGGUAAUGAGGAAGUAAAAUCUGUAGUUAUCUUACAUGAAGCUGGAAUGCCAUCUGAUUCGGAUGUUGACAGGGCCAAAGCGCUCGAUGCAAAAAUUUUGUGCUUCAACGUGAAAAUUCCUAAAGCAAUACAGGCAAAAGCUGACAAAAGCCUUGUCGAUGUAAAGGAAUAUAACAUCAUUUACCGAUUAAUUGAAGACGUUACGAAUGAAUUAACCUCCCACUUGAAACCUCACAUUGAGACUAAAAUCCUAGGUGAGGUCGAAAUCAAAGAUGUGUUUUCCAUCACUUCUAAGACCAAGCUGAAGUUCAAAAUCGCGGGUUGUAAAGUUAAUACCGGUAACAUAAAAAGGUCAUCCAAGAUAAAGGUUCUAAGAGGAAAGAAUGAGAUGUUUAAUGGUUCUCUCUCGUCACUUAAACAUGUUAAGGAUGAUAUUUCUGAGGCCAAGAGAGGUAAUGAAUGUGGGAUUUCAUUUGAUAACUGGGAUAAAUUCCAAGCUGGAGACAUAAUUCAAGUUUAUGAAGAAAUCGUACACCCAAGAUAUUUGUAA